AAGAAACAUGGCUGUUCGAAACAGCUCAAAUUUGUAUUAAAACUUGUCGUUUUUGGAUAUUAAGAUGGCCUAAUGGCGACAUACAAGAACCGUAAAAAAGGCCAACUUUUAAACGAUUUUGGAACCGGUUUGUCGUGGAUUAACUAGCAUUGUUUUUGGAUAAAUUAACUGUUUGAACAUCGACAAUUACAUCGCGAAGUCCACAGCUUGAAUCGCCCGAAAGGAUACUACAUUAUUCGACGGAUAUCUAUCUGGUGUAUAAGCGAUUUACUAUAAAAUUACACUAUCAACUCGAUGGAAUUGCCAGUGGAAGUACGUGUAUCUCGGGAACCACCUAGACGUAAACAUAUGCUAACAAACUUUAUGUAGAAAUGUUGCUUGUUCAUGUCGUUGUUAUUAUCGAAGUCCACAGUAAUGAAAUAUUUAAACAAAGUAGGUUAAAAUUUUAUAUUUUUGUCAACUCCUAUACUGUUUAUAGUAAUUUUCGGUCGCCAUAUUAAGGCAAAGUGCGCAUGUCCAUCGCCAUCUUGUCCCAAAUUUCUGGUGAUGUGGUCUGCACGCGAAACAAAAUAAACAGGCACUGUAAAGCAUGGCUUCGAAAACGGCAAAAGUCGACUUUUCUGCUGAAGCCAUUUUGCGAAAAAUCCAAGAGAGAAAAGAGCUUUUAAACCAUAUAAAUACCUUAAAAGGUCAACUGGUAUUAGAGCAGGUUACGGAUAGUCUGAGAAGUUUAAAGAAACAUGUAAACUUCGAUGUAGUUGGCUUGCUCGCGUUUAUGUUCGGAUUCGACGCAAUUAUGUGGAUUAUGUUAGCAAUCAGACAUGUACCCAAAACCUUCGCGAGAUACAAAAAUAGUCGCUGCAACAUUAUUUUUACAAUAAUCGAUCACUUAUGCCCCUGCCGGUUUUCAGUGACAUUGGUUGACGAUAUUGUUUGUUUUCUGGAAGAAUUUGCGCCUGAAAGCCCUUUCUUGGGAAAUUAUUCUGCUGUUUUUGAGGAAGCCUUAUGUACCCUCAGCAAAAGAGAGAAAUUAAAUUUUGGUGGUUUCAUCGUGCCUCCAGUGGAGGACUGCUUGAGAUGUGGAUCCAUUUUGUCAGCUCCAAAUCCUCGGAGCAGCUGUACUUUGUAUACAAUCACUGGCCCUAAACAGUGCGCGAAACUGGUACUUCGAUGUAAGGACUGCAAAGUCUCGUAUGGUCGCUCAAUGAUAGCUGAAGGCAAAGGAAACGCUUCCUACUAUUUUGAGGCUAUAGCCGCUGCUGAUGAUCUUAUUGAAGUGACCAAUGUUGUCUACAUGGAGAAAAGAUUAUACAGAUGGCUACCGUCCCUUACUGAUGUAAGUAAUUAAAAUAUAGAUAUUAAAUAUAUAGACAUAGUAAAUUCAGUUUAAUUUCUUUGUGUGACGUCUGAUGACCACUCUCGAAGUUUGUUCAACUUGCGGUCAAAGAAAUGACAUUUAUUGCCUGCAUGCAUGGAUCUCAGCAAUAUUAAACACAAGUUAUAUGACCUAUUUUCUUUUUGCAGGAAUCAUUGUUUUGUUUCAUUUGAGGGAUUUUCAGUGUCCUAUAAUGAGUUGUUCAGUCGCGAAAUUAGAGAAAAUUUUGAAUCGGGUAAUUUCAUUGACAUUCUUGGACUUAUUACUAUUAGUUCAUUUCUUCGAAUAUAUAAAAAAUACUUCAAUAUAGUUUAUAAUAACAUGAAUCGCAUUUAGAUGUUACAGGAGAUCAAAAUGACGACAAGCAUCAAAAUUUUGUCCCCAGUUUCUCAGAUGGUAAGCAACUAAUGUAUCUAUAAUUUUCAAUAUGGUUGUCACUUGUCAUGUAAAAGAGCAAGAAUUCCUUGACCUUGUUAUUGUUAUCAUAUUAUAAAGCUUUCUAUUAUAAAGUGUCUCGAAUUGAACAUUUUUAGACCAUUAGUCAUGCAUGUUUAAAAAUUUCUUCAUGCAACUUUUAAAAUCUGUCGUAAACCUAAAUUAAACGUUUUAAAGAGUAAAAAAAUAAACUAUAUAUGUCCGUCUGUCUAUCUUUUAAAUCGCGGAAUUGAAAUAAACUGUAGAUGCUGUUAACUAACCAUAUAAUUAACUAAAUUUCAACGUAUUCAAAUAAUUCAGUGUCCAUGCGUGAGCGCAAGGUUGUUAUACGUUUACUUAUAGUUAUCUACUUUCACACAAAAGUAGAAACUGGACCUAUGGCUAUGGCUAUGAAGAUAAAAUUAUUAAAAUAUAUAUUGCAAUGAACCUUGUAGAAUUCCUUGACGGAGAAUUGGAAUUGGAUGAUGACAACCACGAGGAACCUGUGCACGAUACAUCAG